UGCCUCGUAUUUACUUACAACAAAAAAUCACAUAUAUUACCACAAUAGAGGUAAUUUUACAAGAUUCGUACACAGAAAGUGACCCUAUGGCGUUUGAAAGUAAGAGAUAUAUUUUGGGUCACGUGGAAGUAGAAGAACCUUUACAAGAUAUUGUCACUGACGAAUUAUCAUGUGUUAUAUUUGAAUGUAAAAUAAGUGACUGCACUCAACAAAGCAUCUCAAGUAGGUGGUACAAAGAUGGAAAAUGUAUAGAACCUUCCCGUAAAUUUAAAAUAUCUGCUAAUGGAAAAUGGCAUCGACUGCAAAUUACAACGACUACAGCCGAAGAUCAAGGAGUUUAUAUAGUUUUAUUAAAAAACUAUUUAGGAGAAGUAUUUUCUAAAGCUAAUUUAUUCGUAAAGUCAAUAAAAGAAAACCACGUUAAUAAUGACGUUUUAUAUUUGAGCCCAAUGGCAAAACAUUUUGACGUGGUGCAGCAUUUGAGGUUUACAAAAGUAUUAGUAGGAGACACUAUAGAGCUAGAAGCUAUGUUCAAUUGUGAUGCUUUACAAGAUUAUAUAUGGUAUAAAAGUAAUAAUUUAUUAAUACCAAAUGAACGUAUGAUAGUUUUAAACGAUAAAAGGACGACCACACUUUCGAUACUGUGUGCCAAAGAGUCAGAUACUGGUAUUUAUCAUGUGAUAUCUAAAUCUGAAUAUGGUAUUGCAUCAAGUUUUGCCAGUGUUGUAGUAAUUAACACCGACUUAAAUACCUUAAAUAUUAGCGAAAUAGUACCUAGCAUAGAUGAGAGUUUACCAGAUGAAUUAGAAGUAAAUGAAGGAGAGGACGUAAGACUUAUAUGCAAGGCUUCGUACGAUGUUAACACAAUAAUAUGUUGGUCUAAAAAUGGAGCAAGAAUAGAGGAAAACAAAAAUGUAGUAACAGAGUACUAUAACCACAGAUAUAUUAGUUUAAGGAUAAGAAAUACCUGCUUAAAUGAUACCGGCGAAUACUCAAUAGCUGUGCGCGAUAAAAUAACAGGACAAAUAGAUACGUCGAGUUGCUUUUUAACUAUCAAUGAUACACCACGAGGGAAACGAUGUUCAGUCCAAGUAAAGAAACCUUUAGAGCCGACUGUUACUUGUUUUGGUACAAAAAUUUCAUUUACCUGCAGUUUUGCCGUAGACGAUCCUAGAUUUUAUUUUGUAGUUUGGUACGUCGGUCAUUUCAGAGUUGAACGAACGAAUCACCGAUUUCAUAUGAUGCACAACGGAGGAGAUUUCUAUUUAGUUAUAAAGCAAGUGGAGCCUGGUAUGGCUGAUGAAGUUAUUUGCGAACUCCGUAAAGCACUUCCUAAUAGGAAAUCAAUCUUAAGCAUAAGCACAGCAACGACUCUCACGAUUGUACCACCUGCAAUCAUUGAAAGUGAAACAAAACUUAAUAAAGCUAUUACUAGACGAAAUAUCUUCUACAAUACAAAUUUGAAAUUGGAGAUUUCUAUGAUAAAUAAAAAUCUAGAUGAAUAUAGAAUUCAUAAAUGCGCAGUUUCAUCAAACGGUGGUAAGAAGAAUACUUGUGAAAGUUUUAUGAUUAUUACUUAUUGCAGAUUGGACGAUGAUAAUUAUUAUUUGAGUGUUUCGAAUAUUGACGACGACAUACAUGUUGAACGUAUGACUGUCCAUGAAAAAUCUGUUCGCGGUGAAUCACCGAAAGUGCCUUCUAAGCUUGUAGUAAUAGAAUGGUACGAGACACAGACAGACAAAUCUAAAAGUGGUUGGUAUCAAAUCGAGUUGGGAAAUACGAGUGACAGUUUCGUGCAAGCAGGUGUUUCAAGUUUACCGAUGUUUGAAAUAAAAGAUCCACCGUUAGAACAGAUUAUGAAAUUUCGUAUAAGAGCAGCGACGCCUCUUCUUAACUCCGAAGAAUCCAGAGUUUGUAUACUUCCAGCAGGGAAAGCGUUGCGCUCUUUAAAGAAAAACUGCAACCUGAGCCCAAUGGAAGAUUUUGAAGCAAUGUUUACAAAAACGGGUGAUAUAAUAGGAUGUGGUGCAUUUGGUAGUGUUGUACUUGUUCACGACAAUAGAGGAGAGUUUUAUGCAGCAAAAAUAUUAAAAACUAGGACACAAAAAAAGAGAGACACCGCUAUAAGAGAAUAUGAAAUGAUGAAGAGAUUGCAGCAUCCGAAACUUGUCGAGCUAUACGAUUCAUUUUCAGCGAGGGAAUCUUUUAUUCUAGUUAUGGAUUACUUGUGGGGUGGAGAGUUAUUCGACAGGAUAGUAGAAGAAGAGCACAUAAAAGAAGUGGACGUAGUACCUUACGUUCGACAAAUAUGUGAAGCUUUGCUUUAUUUACACGAACGAAAGAUAGCACAUUUAGAUUUAAAACCAGAGAAUAUUAUUUGCCUUAGUCCAAAUUCUAGACAAGUCAAAAUUAUUGAUUUUGGCUUAGCGCGAGUACUAGAUGAGAGUCAUAUAACAAGAGCUAUUUAUGGAACGAGAGACUACGUCGCACCAGAAGUUUUGAAUUUUGAACAACUCACCCUAGCGUGUGAUAUGUGGAGUUUUGGUGUCGUAACCUACAUGCUAUUAUCUGGAGUGAUGCCCUUCAGUGGUGAUAGUUGGCCGGAACGAUCGGCAAAUAUAACAAUGGCGAAUUAUAAUUACCAUGAAUCAGCUUUCAAGGAAAUAUCCGAUUUGGCAAAAGACUUCGUUGAUCACCUUCUCGUUUUACAACCUGAAAAGCGCAUGAAAGCUUCCGUCGCUUUAAAUCAUCAAUGGAUUGUUGAAGGACCUCCUGGCGGCGCAAGAGCCGGUCACAUGAAACGGGCUCAAGAAAAUUUGAAGUCAUAUUUAGCUAACCAUAGAGCUAGGUGGCAAAGAGCUGGGAAUGUAAUGAUAGCAGCGCAUCGUCUUCGGAGUUACGUAGGCGGACAGCGGAACGUCAUAUCGGCUGAUCGAGAAUCACCUCGAGUUACUUAAAAUCUACAAGACUAACCUGCAUCAACUUUUAGUUUUAAGAAGUGACACUCAGUUAUUGCGCUUUUGGUGGGCAAAGGACAUCAUUUAUAGAGCCAAGGAUUAGUUAAUACACUUAAUGUGGCGGAAAUAUUCAGCAGUGCAGGGUUUUUGAAGUACUGUUAUUGUAAGCAAAUUAUUUGCCUUACUCGUUAAAUUAGGACCCCUUUUAUUUGUAUAAUGAACGCAGAAAUUUAUGUUAUUUUCAAGAGGUAAUUAUUAGAAGAAAAAUAAUUUUAUAAAUAAAAAUUGUAAAAUAUUUAAUUUAUUAUAUUAAUUAAUAUUGAAUGCAGUUAGCGCUCCUAAAAAUUGAAAUGAUAAUAUUAUGAAGAUAUUAUUUGUUAUUUGUUAUAUAUCUGAACAUAUAGAAUGUUGCAAUAAAAUCAGCAACAUGACACCACCUCAUAAUUAUAUGAUUAAUAUUCAACUUCGUUGGUGCCGAAACAUUUAACAAUCGUUGUGUCUAGUGCUUCCACAUCAAAACAAAAUAUAAUAAUAAAACAUCCACAUAA